AUGACUGGGUAUCCUAACUCCCAUCUGGUGCCGUUCCUUGAGAGCACUUCAGCGCCGAAUAUGCUCUUUCUACAUGAUCACGAAUUUGUUGAAAAUUCCCAGUUGCUUGAUUGUCCGGACAGGUGUAAAGACCUAGGGCUCGACUGCAACUACAGCGAGCGAAAGCGGGAGUUGAUGAACAAAAGAAUGGAGGACUUGAGCGCACAUGUUGAAAUGUUAGAAAACCUGUUGCGUGAUGUCUACCCCAAACUCGACACCAACUCUGCCCAGCAUAUUGACCAAACAUUGAAGAAAGUUUUGAGCCACGAUCGGGCUCGGCUGGCUUUGCCUUCCCUAGCAGAGACCUGCGAUGCAUCAGAAGCUUCUCGGUUUACCGUUGGCUACACAAAGGAGGAUUUCAAUCGAAACGGGGAAUUACAGGCAUUAGGAUUUGUGGGUGAGCACUCGGAAAUGGCAUGGCUGUACAGAAUCAAGUCUGCACUCGAACAAGCCUCUGCCACAUCAUCCCCGUCACAAGAUGGUUUUAGUCAAUCGUCCAUCGCUUCCAUAGAUUAUUACAGCAAUGACUCGAAAAUGGAGGUGCGAGAUGAAAUUAAUGUGUUCGUGCGGCCAGAGAAGACCGAGGCGGACCAGCUCAUUAACACAUACUUUCGAAUCAUCCACCCAUCAUUUCCAAUCGUUGGCAAAACGACCCUUCUUGGUCAGUAUCAAACAUGGUACGCAGAUUCAACCGCGCGACCUGGAAAGCAAUGGUUAGCUGUCAUGAAUUUCAUGUUCGCCAUUGCGGGACUGCACUUAUCACCCACGCAGAAGAUCGCCGAGUGUGAUGAGGCCCCACAUCGAGUUUUCUUUUCACGGGGAUGGAACCUUAGUAUGGACAAGGCGUCAUUGCGAGAUCAUGCAAGCUUGCAGCAGGUGCAGGUCGAGGGCCUAGCAGCGUUCUACCUCCUUGCUAGUGGGCAAGUCAACAGGUCGUGGAAGUGCUGCGGUAUCGCAAUCUGCUCUGCUCUGGCUAUGGGGCUCCACCUCCGCAGCGAAAGCCAGAGUGUGGCCCCAUUAUCGAAGGAAAUUAGAUAUCGGGUGUGGUGGGCACUGUAUGUACUCGAUACUUCGCUUUCAGGAAUAACUGGCCGUCCUCCAAGGAUGAGCGAGGCGUUCUGCACAACACCACUUCCGAUGCCUUUUGAGGAGGGGGAUCUGCAUAACCAACUUCUCCAGAAAGAUUUCGACGACAAAGCGGCUCGAAGUCGGCCCAGUUUCAACUUGCUUGACAACAUGAGAAGGAAUGCUUCGACAAAUGACCAGAACGAAGAUGGAACACCGGGACGCCUAGCCCCAAGAAAGCGAUCACUAAACAAAGACGAAAACGUCGCCCUUGCCGUCUCAGAAUCGCCCCAGCCAAGCGACUCAUUAUGCUUUUCAUAUGGUGUGGGUCUGACAAUGCUCAUGCGUGAGGCGAUUAAUACCCUUUACGCUCCCAGUGCAGCCCAUAAACAAUGGGUGGAGGUGGAAAUUGCGAUUGCUUCAUUAAACGUUAAAGCCAACACUUGGCUUGCGUCGCUCCCGGCAUCUUACCAGUUCCAAAGGAUUUGCAUGACCGGGCCUCUGAGACAUCAACUGCUCCGGCUCGCUUUCCAGUUCUAUUCCACCAAGCUUCUCAUCACACAGCCAUGCCUUCGACGACUCAUGUAUAGCUCCGCAGAGAUUUCGGACGAACCUGAAGAUCUUUUCGAUCCAAUGGCGAGCAUAUGCAUUCAGGCCACAGGUCAACUACUCGACUUGCUGCCAGAUGAACCAAACUUGACCUGGUUGUAUGGGGUCGUUCCAUGGUGGUGCGCUCUCCAUUAUCUCAUGCAGGCCAUCACCAUCAUUUUGACCGAAUCAUUUCUCCGUGCCAACGUCGGCGCGAUUGACACCGUUGGCAUCUCCCCAAAGUUGAAAAAGGCUACAGCGUGGGUCAAGGCGUUGUCUAAAGUAGAUGUUUCUGCGCAGAAAGCCUUUCUGAUUUCCUCGGAUAUCAUCUCACGUCAAGUGUCAUAA